AUUAUUAUUAGAAUAUUCUUGCCAGUAAUUGGAUUAUUUGGUUUGUGUGGAAAUGGCAUUUCGGCUUUUAUUUAUAGUCGAAAAUCUAUGCGAAGUUCAACGAAUAUUUACCUAUGUGCAUUAGCAAUAUCUGAUAUGAUUAUCAUACUUACCGCUUUUUUUUUAUUUUUUAUCGAAAAUUUACGCUAUAAAUCAUUGAUAUUAUCAGAAAUUUUUGCAAUUCUUACACCAAUAGCAUUCCCGAUCGGUCUUACCGCUCAAUCUUUAUCGGUAUUUUUAACUGUUACAUCAGCUAUUGAUUGCUUUCUAUUGAUUUAUUCAAAUCCGAAAUGUAAACGACGAUUUUGCAAUGCAUCAACCGCUAUUAGGGUUAGCAUUGUUAAUUAA